AUGUCUACCGAAGCAACAUCAGCCGGCCAAAAGGGCGCGUCAGACGCGUCUGUUACUAGCCCUUCCGGAGACAAGGGCAAGGGCAAGUUUGUUCAGCCAGACGUAGAAAUGGCAGACGACGAUGAUGAUGAGGAGGACGACGAAGAGGAAGAGGAAGAGGAAGAAGAAGAAGAAGCCGAAGAGGAGGACAGUCUUGCAGAGAUUGACCCGUCCGUGAUCCUUCCGACCGGGCGCCGUACCCGCGGUGUCAAGGUCGAUUACACCUCCCCCGAGGCGUUAGCCAAGGCAGGUUUGAAGCCUGAAGACAAGGACGAAGACGAGGAAGACACUUUCGAGGCCAAGGACGAGGAGAUGAAAGACUGA